AUGAGCGGGAAGGAUCAACCCAAGGCUGGUACGUUGCUUAGUACCAAUCCUAUUGUUCUGACGGCCUUGUUUGAAAUUGGGUACUUAAGGGAGACUUCCCCUGACUUCUCAAAGUUACCCACUUAUUCUUUAACCACUAUGAAAUUCUCAUUCGCUACUCUUGCCUUGGCUGCUACUGCCUUGGCCUACAACGACACCACUUCUUCCGUCUCCACCUACUCUGACGCUGCUGCUCCAAACUACCAAAUUGGUGCUAUGGCCGCCCUUGGUGCUGUUGCCAUGUACAUUCUAUAG